CAGAGUGACAGGAGGACUGGUUGUCUUCUCAGGACGUUCCUGGAGAAGGGGAGAAGCAAAGCUAGCUAUACUUGUGGGAACUUGUGAUGGCUUCAGCUUGGCAGAAAACUCAGGAAUACUACCACUGGGUCCUUGAACAUGGAGAUCCAAGGACAGACCCAUGUCCCCUGGUCUACUCUCCACUUCCAGUUACCCUUCUCUUUGCCUUCUACCUCUUUAUUGUGAUACUGGGGCCAUGCCUCAUGCAUAAGCAGCAGCUGCUGAAGCUGGAAGGUCUUCUGAUUAUCUACAAUCUCACUAUGGUGACGUUAUCAAGCUAUAUGUUUUAUGAGUUUCUGGUAACUUCAAGCUUGGACAACUAUAGCUACCUGUGCCAGCCAGUGGAUUACAGUUGAAGUGAGCUAGGAAUGAGGAUGGCAAGAGUGUGUUGGUGGUUCUUCUUCUCCAAAGUCCUCGAGCUGCUGGAUACGGUUUUCUUUAUUCUGCACAAGAAACUAGAACAAGUGAUUUUCCUGCAUGUAUAUCACCAUGGCACAAUGCUGUUUAACUGGUGGUCAGGGGUCAAAUAUGUUCCUGGGGCACAAGCCUUCUUUAUUGGGAUGUUGAACUCCUUUGUACACCACAUCUUCAUGUACACAUAUUAUGUCCUGGCAAGCCUGGGACCACAGAUGCAGCAUUACCCCUGGGGGAAGCGUUAUCUAACCAUCAUGCAGCUGUGCCAGUUUGUGGCCAUUGCUGCUCAUUCUUCCUACAACCUCUUCACAGACUGCCCAUUUCCCGAUGGCUUCAAUGCUGCAGUCAAACCUACAUUAGGGGAAAGCUGGAGAAGCUAA